UACAACGCUCUCCCGGAAGUGGUCUCCGGAUCGGGCAGUGAAAGUGGUAGCCAGUCGUCCCCGGGAUCAGAUCUCCGGAGGUCGUAGCUGAACUCUUUCUCUGCGUUUCGCCUCGAUCCUUCCUGAGUCUUCCAGGUUCUCCACCAUCAUGGGGGGCGGAGACCUGAAUCUGAAGAAGAGCUGGCACCCGCAGACCCUCCGCAAUGUGGAGAAAGUGUGGAAAGCUGAGCAGAAGCAUGAGGCUGAGCGGAAAAAGAUUGAGGAGCUUCAGCGCGAGCUGCGGGAGGAGAGGGCCCGGGAGGAGAUGCAGCGCUACGCGGAGGACGUUGGAGCUGUCAAGAAAAAGGAAGAAAAAUUGGACUGGAUGUACCAGGGUCCUGGUGGGAUGGUGAACCGUGAUGAGUACUUGCUGGGGCGUCCCAUUGACAAAUACGUUUUUGAGAAGAUGGAGGAGAAGGAGGCAGGCUGUUCUUCUGAGACAGGACUCCUCCCAGGCUCUAUCUUUGCCCCAUCAGGUGCCAAUUCCCUUCUUGACAUGGCCAGCAAAAUCCGGGAGGAUCCGCUCUUCAUCAUCAGGAAGAAAGAAGAAGAGAAAAAAAGAGAGGUAUUGAAUAAUCCUGUGAAAAUGAAGAAAAUCAAAGAAUUGUUGCAAAUGAGUCUGGAAAAAAAGGAGAAGAAGAAAAAGAAGGAGAAGAAAAAGAAGCACAAGAAACAUAAGCACAGAAGCUCAGGCAGCGAUCGUUGCAGCAGCGAGGAUGAGCACGGCCGGGAGAGAUCUCAAAAGAAGAUGGCAAAUUCUUCCCCUGUUUUGUCCAAAGUCCCUGGAUAUGGCUUACAGGUCAGGAACUCUGACCAUAGCCAGGGACUGCAGGGUCCUCUGACAGCUGAGCAAAAGCGAGUGCGUGGGUUGAAGAAUUACUCCAGGUCCAGAAGCUCCUCUCCCUCACCUCCCAGACAUGGCAGCAAGAAGAGCACCAGAGAAGCAGGGUCUCGGGACAGGAGGUCUCGAUCCCCGGGCAGAAGGUCACGGUCCCCAAGGCCAAGCAAACCGCACAACUCUAAGGUAAAUAGGAGAGACAGAGGCCGAAGUAAGAGCCUAUCACCUAAAAAAGACAUCUACCAAAGGCGGCAUGGUCAUGGGUACACCAGGGGGAUCAGUACAUCACACAAAUUUGAGAAGCAAUGGAUUUGGAUGUCUGACAUUGGUAGUGAUCGAGCUGGUUCAUCACCUCCUCUUCUUGCUCUUCAUUUGCAAAAGCUCUCAUCAGAGGAGCUAGAGCGAAAACGGCAAGAGAUGAUGGAAAACGCCAAGUGGCGGGAGGAAGAGAGGCUGAACAUCCUCAAGAGGCACGCUAAGGACGAUGAACGGGAGCAGAGGCUGGAAAAGCUAGACUCCCGGGAUGGGAAGUUUAUCCACCGCAUGAAGCUAGAGAGUGCAUCUACCUCCUCUCUGGAAGAUCGGGUGAAGCGGAAUAUCUACUCUCUACAGAGAACCUCAGUAGCUCUGGAGAAGAACUUUAUGAAAAGAUGAAAGCCAUCCCCUCUCUGGCUGGUUUUCCUGAAAUUUCCAGGGAGGCUUCUGAUCCCUUAAAAAUUCUCUUUAUAAGAGUUCAAAUGGCUUCUUCCACAGAUGUCAAACCACCACUGUUCAAAGUGACUCUCCUCCAUGGAUUCCAAAAACAGCCCACUUCUUUUGAGAACUAGUGUGACUUGCUCUAUGGGACCCUCAGUAACUUGCUGGGUGCAGAGCAGGUCUUAACUGUUGUUAAAUGGGUGGGCACUGGAACAUCAAGGUGUGAGCACUCAUCUUGCUCUGGAAGGAGGCUCCCUUAUGCCUCUUCCCUCCACCUGUGUGAACAAACCUAUUCUGCCACCUCAGAAUAGACUGGACCUUUCAGAAACCUCUCUCCCCAGAGUCACCCAGAUAGUUUGUGCUUACCAGGGUAAACGAACAUUUACUUGAUUUAGUAGAUAAUGUGACAGAUGAUGUCAGAUUAGGGCAGAGCCAAGGGAGUAACAAAGAAUCUGGAAGGGAAAACAAUGCAAAAAAACCCCUAAAUGAACUGUUGAACUAUUUGGACUAUCUUUCAAACUGUAAAGUAUAUUGUGUAUAUGUAGAAAUGUGUAAUUUUUACAUGCUUUAAAAAAAAGUAGUUAGCUUUGUUAGAAUAUCUUGUUUGGUAAGUGACUUUACUAUGUAAUAGAACCACAUUGUAUCUUGUUAUCCAGUAACACAGUAAGGCAGGUCAGCUUUUCUUUCCUCUUGGAAUCUGGCUGGUUGUGGAGGGGCCUGGGUUUAUUGAUAGGAUCUAGGGUAUCUCUCCAUUUACACUGCUUACAGUCUCUGAUGUGGGCAGUGCAGUGUUGAAGUCAAAUGAUUUUAGUAGUCAGGACCAAACUACCAGUAUGCUCCCUGGCUCUUAAAAGAAAAUAUAAUGGAAGCUGUUUAUUUCAUGGCUUCCCUUUUAUCAUGUAGUAAUCUUAUUACAAUUCUAGAUUUUCAGGAGUUGUUUGCUAUUAUUUUUUAGUCAGGUAUUAAACAAAACAAAACAAAACAAAAAA